GUCGCGCCCUCCCCGUCCUGAGGGGGAGGCAGGCGGCCAGGCUUCGGCUGUGCCAGGGACCAGCUCAGCCCGGAGACAGCGCGGACCGCCGUCUGGAUGACAGCAGCGCACACCUCAACUAUGAGAGGAGAUAAGUUCACCAGCUGAGCCCAGCCGGCUGGCAGCACUAGCCCCGUUCUUUGCGGAGACCAGAGGAGCCGGUGGGAGCCGAGGGUUCGCGGGACAGGUCGCGCUUCCGGCGAAGCAACUUGUUUUUUCGGAUACGCGGCGGCGGCAGGAGCGGCUGGAGCAGGGCGGAGUGUGAGGGCUUUGGCGGCGGUCCUGCUGCUAGCGAACCAUGAACAAAAACCACCGAGUACCGAGCAGCCGUUCUCUGAGUGCCGUGGAGGUGAAAAGCAAGUUUGGCGCAGAGUUCCGCCGGUUCUCUCUGGAUCGGUCCAAGCCAGGCCGCUUCGACGAGUUCUAUGGCCUCCUGCAGCACGUGCAUCGCAUCCCCAACGUGGAGCUGUUGGUGGCCUACGCUGACGUUCACGGCGACCUGCUGCCCAUCAACAAUGACGACAACUACCUGAAGGCCGUCAAAAGUGCCAACCCCCUACUGAGGCUCUUCCUGCAGAGGAAAGAGGAGGCGGAUUACUCGGCCUUCGGGACGGACUCUCUGACCAGGAAGAAGAACACGGUUCUGUCGGCGGUUCUUCUGCGGCCCGACCCCAACAAGAAAAAGCCCCCGGUGAUCAUAAGCCUCCCAAAAGACUUCCGCCCCGUGUCGUCCAUCAUCGACGUGGACAUCCUUCCGGAGACGCACCGGCGCGUCCGUCUGUACAAGCACGGCCAGGAGAAGCCGCUGGGUUUCUACAUCCGGGACGGUUCCAGCGUGCGGGUCACUCCGCAGGGCCUGGAGAAGGUGCCGGGGAUCUUCAUCUCCCGCCUGGUGCCCGGCGGGCUGGCCGAGAGCACCGGGCUGCUGGCCGUCAACGACGAGGUGCUGGAGGUAAACGGCAUCGAGGUGGCGGCCAAGUCCCUGGACCAGGUGACGGACAUGAUGAUCGCCAACAGCCACAACCUCAUCAUCACCGUCAAGCCCGCCAACCAGCGCAACAACGUGGUCCGCCCCGGAGGAGGCGGCGGGGGGGGCGCCUCGGGCAGCUCGGGCCGCUCGUCGGACAGCGGCACCAGCCACCACGGCUACUCGCCCUACGGGGCCGCCGCCGCCGGGCCCACGCACAUCAUCCAGAACUUCCCCGUCGGGGAGCUGGAGAGCGACGAAGACGACGAGGACCUGGUGAUCGAGGUGGGGGGCGAGGCUGAGAGCAUGCGACACGCCGCCUCUAACUACAGCAUGCCCUCUCUGCCUCGCUACGAACCACACCUGAACCUUCGCACCGCCGCCAACUCGGGCUCUGCCUUCUCCAUAAACGCCAACGGGGCCCUGCGGGGCAGCGGCAGCAGCGGCUCGCUCAACAACACCAGCUGCACCACGCCGUCCCCGGACAGAGCCAAGGAGAGGCGCAGUCUGGAGGAGGAAGGCACCGUCAUCACGCUGUAGACUGGAGCUCACACACCGGGCGGGGGGGCGGGGGCGGGGCAUCAGACGCAUUCAGUGGUCGCUCUGAGCAGCACGUGUGUGAGCGCCUUACGCUGCAGUGCCACAGCGACGACUCUCUGCUUCUUAACGGCCGGCCUCAGCUUCCUGUUAGGGGUAGAAAUGCGCUGAGUCGACACGUCCGGUGCGUUGAAUUGCUCCCGCUCUUUAGUUGACAAUCAGCCCCCAUCAGCUGCUGCUUCUCUAACGGUAAACACUACGCUCAGCCGUCCUGCUCUUCACCUCACUGCAGCGGAGGAAAGGUCACUGUCACUAGAAAGCCUCGUUCAAUACCUUCUCCUCUUAAGGCUGCGCUUUAUAUUAACGUCGUCUUUAUCUUUUCACUAUCAAGAACAAUGUAUCUCACAGGUGUUGAUUUUUUUCUUAUUAUUUCUUAGCAGACCAAUUCUAAGUGGUGAUUAAGGCCAGAAGUCCUCCUCCCCUGGCAUUGAGACGUCUCUGAGUGAAACGUACGUCCUUCAUAUUGCACUCCUGCUCCUCAUGGCGGCGGCUAGCUCCCUGCUACAUGAUGGACUAAUGAAAUAAUGUGAAUGUGAUUAGCACCCCACCCCCUCCCAUGAUUAGGAUUAUAUCUCAGAUUACUCUGUUUUUUUCUAAAGCACGCCCUGCCUUCAUACAGGUGUGGAUACCUUUAUUGGGACACUAGGAAGGAUGUAGAAAAAGCCUUAAGCUAAAUUUAGCUUUUAUGGCAGCGACAUAAUCGUACGCUGAACACUUAGGGGGGAAAAAACAAGCGAAAUGUGAGUACAUGUCGUAUAUGGUGAAUAAAUCCCAAUAAAGGAAAUCACCAGUGGCACAAGCAUUGGUCUUUCUAACAAUCUGCUUUUAUUAGAUGAAGACUUUGUACAUUUCUAAGAACCGCCAGGUUAUAAUCCAUGGCCUGC